GCAAAUACAGCGCAGGAUUGGUUGCUGCGUACUAAAAUAACUUGUCUGGAUUCUCAAAAGCCUGUGGGAGCCGUACGACGCAUAAUUCUCAAUAUUUGGGGUGCUGUUGGGUUUAGUGAUAGAAAUACAUGCAGGCAUUUCAGGCCUUAGUCGCGUAAUCUCGAUUCUUGGCUUGGCAAAUUGCCCGGCGCGACAGUCGGAGAUCCGUCUGCGCACCGCUCUGCGCAGAUCUGGGAGUGUAUGAUCGGCGUCAAUUCCGGUAUUGCUGGCGGGCUGCCCCACUUGGCUGCAUUCCGCAUCUUGUAACCACCUGACCCCUAUUACUCUCCGUAUCGAGCGGUACGUAUUGCCUGCCAGGAGGUUUCGGGUGUCUGUGACGUCUGUGGCCGGAAAUCGUGAGAAUCAGGCCUGCAGAUGGCGUUGGCUGGGAGCCUACGUGGAUCGGGACGGGCGUUGUGGAACUGGAAGAGUGGGCAAGCGUUCAGCACAUCUUCCUUAAUGGCUUCUAGAGGUGUGAGGAAGGAGUCUGAUACCUUCGGUGAGCUAGACGUUCCUGCAGAUAAGUAUUAUGGAGCUCAAACAAAGAGAUCUAUGCUCAACUUCCCAAUUGGAGGGUCAAAUGAAAGAAUGCCUGAGCCUGUUAUCAAAGCAUUUGGUGUCCUGAAAAAAGCUGCAGCGGAGGUGAACAAGGAAUUUGGCUUGGAUGCAAACAUUGCAGAUGCAAUCUGUAAAGCAGCAGAUGAGGUUAUCAGUGGUCAGCUAUAUGAAGAACACUUUCCUCUUGUAAUCUGGCAGACAGGGUCAGGGACCCAAUCAAAUAUGAACACCAAUGAGGUGAUUGCCAACAGAGCUAUUGAGAUGUUGGGUGGUGAGCUUGGAAGCAAAAAGCCUGUUCAUCCAAAUGACCAUGUCAACAAGAGUCAGAGCUCCAAUGACACUUACCCAACUGCAAUGCAUAUUGCUGUUGCUGUGGAGAUACACAACACUUUGAUCCCAGGCAUGCAAAAACUGCAUGAUGCAUUGGAAAUCAAGUGCAAAGAGUAUGAAAACAUCGUGAAGAUUGGUCGGACUCACACGCAAGAUGCCACUCCUCUUACGCUUGGGCAGGAGUUUAGUGGCUAUGUACAGCAGCUGGCAUUUGGUAUUGACCGAAUCAAAGCCACUCUGCCCCGUGUGUACAUGCUGGCUGCCGGUGGCACAGCAGUGGGCACUGGCCUCAACACCAGGAAGGGAUUUGCUGAGAAGGUGGCAGCAAAAGUGUCUGAACUGACAGGCCUGCCAUUUGUCACUGCUCCAAAUAAGUUUGAGGCAUUGGCCGCGCAUGAUGCCAUGGUGGAGGUCUCAGGUGCACUGAAUGUCAUCGCCUGCAGCAUCAUGAAGAUUGCCAACGACCUGCGCUUCUUGGCGUCCGGGCCGCGCUGUGGUCUUGGCGAGCUGUCACUACCGGAGAAUGAGCCUGGCAGUUCCAUCAUGCCCGGCAAGGUCAACCCUACCCAGUGUGAGUCCAUCACUAUGGUCGCUGCCCAGGUGAUGGGCAAUCACGUUGCUGUCAGCAUCGGUGGCAGUAACGGCCACUUCGAGCUGAACGUGUUCAAGCCGAUGAUGGUGGCCAACGUGCUGCGCUCGAUCCGGCUGCUGGGCGACGCGUGUGUGGCUUUCACUGACAAGUGUGUGGUUGGCAUCGAGGUGAACCGCGAGCGCGUCGACCAGCUGCUGCACGAGAGCCUCAUGCUGGUGACGGCCCUCAACCCGCACAUCGGGUACGACAAGGCGGCGCACAUCGCCAAGACGGCGCACAAGGAGGGCGCCACGCUCCGGGCGACAGCCAUCAAGCUCGGCUACCUGACCGAAGCGCAGUUCGACGAGUGGGUGCGACCAGAGGACAUGCUCGGCCCCAAGUAGGCUAUGCGGCGGGGAGGGCGGGUGCCGUCGGUGUUCGCGAGGCCGCUGCGGCGCGCUUGCCGGCAAUUUUGCCGCCUGCGGCCUGUUCCGUGUGAUGCUGUCCGCCUUUUGGAGUCUUUAUCGUAGUGAGACAUGGCAAUGGAAAUAAAGUUUAUUGGUGCGCGAACGACUGCUCA